AUGCUAACACCAAUAGGAUACAAGGGGCUCAUCCGCCAGCCCUACAUCUUCUUUCUAGCGUGCUUCGCUAGCAUCGGAGGUGUGCUUUUUGGGUAUGAUCAGGGCGUUAUCAGCGGCGUCUUGGUCAUGAACAACUUUGCGAAGCAGUUUCCGACCUUAGCAGACGACGCGACUCUCCAAGGAUGGAUGGUGGCGGUGCUGACACUCGGAGCAAUGAUCGGAGCUCUAGUCAAUGGGCCAAUCGCCGACGCUCUCUCCCGACGAUGGACAAUUCUCGUGGCCAACGUUGUCUUCCUCAUCGGGUCGAUUAUCCAGGCUGCAGCCGUCAACGUUCCCAUGAUCUUCGUCGGCCGUUUCAUCGCAGGUUUAUCCAUCGGCCAGUUGUCUAUGGUUGUUCCGCUGUACUUGAGCGAGUUGGCUCCUCCCAAUCUUCGUGGCAGUCUUGUGGCCCUGCAACAACUCGGGAUUACCGUCGGAAUCAUGGUUGCCUUCUGGCUGGAUUACGGCACCCAACAUAUUGGUGGAACUGGUGACGGUCAAUCUCCAGCAGCCUGGCGUCUCCCCUUGGCCUUGCAGUGCGUUCCAUCAAUCGUCCUAGCAGUGGGGACCUUCUUCUUGCCAUACACCCCUCGCUGGUUAUUGAUGAAAGAUCGUGAGGAAGAAGCCCUUGCGACACUAAUCCGCGUCCGCCGCGUGCCCUCCAGUGACCCUCGCCUCAGACUCGAGCUGCUCGAAAUCAUGGCCGCUGCACAAUUCGAUCGAGAGACCACGAAGACGAUGUACCCUGGGGUCACAUCGCGCACGAAGCUUACCGUCGCGAGAUAUAAGUCGUUGUUUGUCGUUCGCCAUCUCAACCGGCGUCUGCUCAUUGCGUGUCUCCUCCAGAUUAUACAGCAAUUCACCGGUAUCAACGCCAUUAUCUACUACGCUCCGAAGAUCUUCCAGAACAUUGGCCUCGAUGGUAAUUCGGUGGACUUGCUGGCCACAGGCGUUGUCGGUUGCAUCAACUUCUUCUCCACGAUCCCCGCAAUCAUGUUCAUGGAUCGCUGGGGUCGAAAGAAGGUGUUGAUCAUCGGCGGUGUUGGCAUGGGUGUCUCACAACUGAUCGUUGGUACACUGUACGCGGUUUACAAGGACUCAUGGGCCAGCAACAAGGCUGCCGGUUGGGCGGCUGCAGUCUUUGUAUGGACUUACAUCGCGAACUUUGCUUUCAGCAUUGGUUGUGUCAACUGGAUCAUGCCAUCCGAGAUAUUCCCUCCUGGCGUUCGGUCCCAGGCAGUCGGGCUAGCCAUUGGCACCAACUGGCUCAGCAACUUUAUCGUCGCUCUCAUCACGCCCAGGAUGCUUGAGGCUAUCAAAUUCGGGACAUUCUACUUUUUCCUCGCUUUCUGCGUGCUCCUGAUCUUUUGGGUCUUCUUCUUCGUUCCAGAGACCAAGGGCGUCAGGAUCGAGGACAUGGACAAGCUCUUUGGCGGCAAUCAAGGUGCGGAAGAUAUGGCGAGAAUGGAGACGAUCAGACGGGAAUUGGGUAUCACUCCCGGGGGCAGUGGAUUGUCCAAGAAGGAAGCCGACGUUGGUGUGAGUGAGAUUGAGAAGGCUUAG